AUGCACGCACCCGGCCCGGCGGCGGAACAUGUUUUAACGCGUCCUUCAUCAUAUGUGUGCACGAUAGAUGGAUGUGGGAAGAUUUAUGCGAAAGAAUCGCGCUUACUUGAGCACCAACGUACACAUACCGGUGAGACUUCGAAGCGCCCUUUUGCAUGCUCUCAUCCAGGAUGUAGCGCCACAUACAUGCGUGCUACUCAUUUAGCUGCUCACAUGCGCUCACAUAUGGAAGAAUCAGAGAAGCCUUUUGAGUGCACUCAUUCAGAUUGUGGAAAGCGGUUUUGGACCAGUCAACAUCUUCGUCGGCAUAUUGUUUCGUGUCACACGCCCUUCCAGGAUGGGAUCCCCUCUAUCUCUGCAACAGAUGCGCAUGAAAUGCUGGGCAAUAAUUCACUUUCCGGACUCUACAAAUGUACACAUGGAGGAUGCUGUCGUAUCUUUUCCAAACGUAAACAUCUGCGACAACAUGUGCGGGAUGCCCACGCUGACUUUAUAUCAGGGGAGCUCCCAUAUGCUUGCGAGCACGAGGGUUGCGAUAAAAGAUUUGCGACGUAUUCUAAGAGACAGCAUCAUAUGCGUGUGCAUGAGAAGGGAAGGUAUCAAUGCGUCUUACCGCACUUGUCCGCCCCGCCGGCGGGCCAUCCACCCUAUACGAUAGAUGAGGCUCUCCAGGCCUGGUCAUUCUCAACGUGGACGCAUUUGCAGCGGCAUAUGCGCCUUUAUCAUCCACCUACUUGUCACCAAUGCGGGAAAGUAUUUGCGAAUCGCGAGAACCUAAAGCGACAUCACAAAACGCAUGCAAUGUAUUCAUCGUCGGAGGAACAAUGUCCAUGGAACGGUUGUGACAAGGUCUUCCAGACUCAGUAUGCUUUAAAAGUUCAUAUAUCACGCGUCCAUGAAGGAUUUAAACCCUUCUUGUGUGAGGUGUGCGGGAAGAGAUUUGGCUACAAACACCUGCUUGAGCGACACCAGCAACUUCAUGAUCGAUCAAAUUCGUCUGAAGCCGAGACGUUGGCACAUUCAGAUUCAGAUUCACAUCCACACCUCUCAAGCCUAAUAGGCUCGUCUCGCAAACGAGCUCGCCGAGAGCGUGUGCUUCCGUGCCCAUGGCCGAUGCUUAGCGGGCAGGCCUCAAGCGAAGUACAAGAACUAGAGCCAUGUUCACGAAAGUUUGCUAGGCUUUAUGACGUACGACGGCAUCUUGCCAGUGUUCAUGGACUCCACGUAUCUGAUGCGGAGCUGAAGACAUGUAUGCCAGAGGCAGUGCUGGCUCUUUUGCCACCACCUCGUACCGUGAAGAGAAUUCGACACGAGGUAUAA